UAUUCUUUUGAUAAGGAUAAAUACUAAAUAGAAUAGGUAAGUGUGUUAAGUGUGAUAUUUGACUCGUGUCACGUACGUACGUAUGAAGCUUGGUUGGUUGGUGCUGUGCCAAUUUUUAGUGCGUGGUUUCCGGAAAUUGGCUGAAGAAGUUCUGCAUUGAGGCUGGUUUUAUUCAUGACGACGACAAUUUAUAUCCGGGGAGCAGCAUGACGAGUCAUUAUUUACCAAUUUGAGGCGUGUCCCCAAAUUAUGUGACGUAAUAUGGCGACGUCCACGCCAACAAUGGUGACCCCGUGACCUGGACACCCCUCUGAUAGGCUCUUUUAAACGGAAACAUUCCAAUAUCAAGUUGAACACGGUAUUAAUUAGUCUUAAGUCGAAUCCAAACAGUAUAAUGGAUUCACGACAAGAAGAUAACGCUUCGUCGCCCUCGUCGACAUUUUUAUCGCCUCGUAUCCUUCUCACCGUCUCUGCCAUGGUGCUGGUCCUCCUCCUUGUGUAUCCGUUCCUUAUCCUCGUUACAUUUAUUGCCUUUGUGUCCGGCUUUGCCUUCAUCCACUAUUUCGACACGCAUCUGUCCUCUCGUGUCGACAACCUCGUUGCCAACUGGACCGGCCUCAAAAUCGCUCCUAGAAAAGUACGAAUUGUCCCCAAAAAGUUGAAAGGUUCAUUGUCCUCGUCAACUCUGGCCGUGACGGAUCCCUUGUCGUCAGCGUCGUUGUCGUCAUCGGACAUAAAAAGGGAUCGGCCCAAUUCGCCACCAAACAGCCUCCAAAUCCCACCCUCGACCCUUGAGCACUCCCCCGUCUUUACUCCGACGCCAUAUCACAUGCCAAAAAUUGAAGAACUGAAUCUCAAAAUCGAUCCUCGCCUCGAUACUUCAAUUUCUAAAUUCGUCAGUACAGUUUUCGACUAUUACAUCGGUCCCGAUUGGGCCCCCUUCCUGACCCGGCGUCAGUUGAAAUUAGCUUUUAAACAACUCCUCACUAACCUCGCGGAGAGGGUGAAUCUCCGCAUCACAAAAAAUCCAGAUUUUCCUGUCGAAAUCUCAAAACGGAAACUCAUCCCGUUAAUUCUUCAUUACACUUUGAAAAUUCAAACUCAUCUGGGCGGACAGGACGGAGCAGAUUUAAUUUUCCCUGAGGAAAAACAACACAAAAUAAGACUACGGAUUAGACGACUCUGCAGAAUGAUUAUAUUUAACUGCGUUCAAAACGAGGAUGAACAAAAGUGCAGGUUAUGGAUGGAGUUAUGCAUCGCUGUUUUGAGCGAUGGAGUUUUUUGGAACUUGUUUUCGCUGGGGAGAGACCAGAUUCCAGAACUGGUGGGGAGCGUCGCCAACGCCUGGUUAGAGGAAAAGUUUAACAAGAGUGGGCAGCAAGAUGUGAGAAACGAUGGGAUAGUUGAGGGGAGCCAAUAUUCAAAACAAGAUGAAGAUUCUGACAUUAAGACUCCCAUGGGCCAUGACGAAGUAGACCUUAUGAACCCACCACCGCCAAUUCCCUUCCUCCUCGACAACUUUCUCGACCCGAAGGACUCUCUCGAACAGCCUGAUCCUAUCGUGUCCCGGUGGCGACCCAUGCUUAAAGAAAUAAUCGAUGAAACCGAUCUUCUCUACCCGCUUAUCCAGUACUUGAAACACGUCGGAGGUCAGAAGGCGCUUGCUUACCUUCAAGCUGUCCUCGACGAUUCGCCUGAUGCGAGGGAUCACUGCAGACGCGUCCUCGAGGUCGAAUACCUGCCAGGAUUCUGCAGGUCGAACUUCUUUCAUGAAAAUAUGGGCCUCAGUCGAGUCGAAGAGGGGACGGAAGUUGUAACGGAUAGGUCACCAGGGACGGCUAGACGAAUUACAAAAUCUCAUUCCCGAUCCUCCUCCUACGGUUCUAAAACUAAUCAAGGAUUCUCUGACAUUUUGCGAAUCGAGUCCGGCAUUGUCGACGGACUUCCGCUCUAUUCAAAUGGACCGUCAUCAAUUUCUUCGUCACAAUCCGCAUUUUCAGGAGCUUCUGCCGUUCUCUCAUGCAAUGACGUCGUCGAAACGGAUUCAUUCUUUAGGAGAAAGUCUCCCUUGGAAGAUAUGGUGGCAAAAUUUUUGAAAUCUAGUCUAUCAACUCAGCAGACACAAAAUCAAAAUCAAUCUGGUGGCGGCGGUGUUGGAGGCACGUCAUCAUCGGACAGUUCGAGUGUCAGGAGUUUGGAAAGCAGUCCAUCGAAACGACCCAGCCCGACGCCAUCAAAAUCGAGGAGCGGCAUUGAUUCGAAAUCAUAUCAUGAUUUAGCCCAUAGUGAGGUUGUCAACAGGGUCAAAAUCCAUGAAGAGAAGUGCCACGUGCUCGACACAGUGGAAAAUGUUGUUAUUUCGACCCUGUUGUCCUCCACCCACCCUGCUUCACCCUACCUUAUCCCCCUUCUCUCCUGUUGGCUUCCCUUUCUCGAACCUUACCUCCAACCCAGCUUCGACUCCAAAGUAGACCAAGAGCUCAAAGACUUCCUCACUCUGGAUUUGUUCAUCACGUCCGUCGACUUAAUUACGGACGCUUUCAACGCUAGUGGAACCAGUGACACAAAUAUAACGACGACGACGACGACAAAAGCAAACUCAAAAACUGAUAACAUUCCUCCCCCUAUUUUAACCAGUAGUAGUAGUAACCCUCAUAAGGAUAAGCUUGGCCAUGAUAUUGUACAAAACUUUUUGAGAUCGCUGUUAGAUAUUAUUUUUGUCUCGAAAAUCGUGGACGUGGACAAGUUUAUAACUCUUCUGGGGAUGAAUCGUGACUAUAUUUUUCUCUUUUUUGUCGAUGUGUUAGACCUCGCUGUAGCCGAGUUGUUUGGCGAUUGUUGUGAUAUUGUUGGUAAUGAGAAUUAUGGUGGUGGUGGUGAAGAUGAUAAGAUUAAGGAUAAGAAGUAAGAAAAGCUUUAAUUUAUUAUUAUGAGAUGUAAUGUAACAAGAGAAAUAUUAAGUAAAUUCAAACGCUUUAAUAACUUU